AUGUCGACCCCGUCAGCACUGCAACUACAGCUGCCGCCACCGAAGCCUUUGAACACCUCGGGCGACACAUGGCUUGGAUGGAAAACGUGGAAGAGUGAGUUCACAUUGUUUUCUACAGCUACGCAACCGAGCAAGCAACCGAAAGUAGUGCAGGCAGCAACGUUGCUGGUGACUAUUGGCGAGGAAGGCCGAAAAGCAUACAACAGCUUCAAGUUUGAGACUGAGGAAGACAGAAUUGAUGUUAACACCCUGAUUCGUAAAUUUGAGGACUUCUACAGACCGGCCACCAAUUUGACCGUCCAGGAAUUUCGCUUUGGGUCAAGGGAUCAGAAGGAAGGCGAGUCGUUCAGCGACUGGUUGACAGAACUCAGAAUUUUAGCAAAAAGCUGUGAAUUUGGAGAACUAGAAGAGCGUAUGCUACGCAGCCGUAUUAUCCUUAGCAUUAGAGAUGAGGCCUUGCUGAAGAAACUGCAUGAUGGCAGAAAACCCUAUCGGAAGACCGUCGAAAUGCGCCGCGUUCCGGAGCAAAGAAAAGAGGAGUUCCGCAAAAUAAGUGAAUCGGCAGCGCACGACAUUGCAGUGAACACCGUCGCAGCGAGCGUUAAACCCUGCAGUAGGUGGGGUUAUACAGUGUACAGUGCCCACGCUUGGCCCGCGCAAGGAAAAUCGUGCAACAAAUGCGGAAGGCUGAAUCACUUUGCUCAAGCGUGCAAGUCGCCGGAAACUUCGCGAGCAACAAGAGAAAAGAAGGCGAACAAAGAAAAGAAAAAUCGUCGGGAACUGCGCGUAGAUGACGAAGAUUUCUUCUUGAAGGCUUUAUCUAUCAGCACAAUAGCGACAGACUAG